CCCUGUGCUCCCUGUCACCCCCUGCUCCAGGGUUGUCUGGAAACGUGGCUGGAGGGGAGGGGGAGGGAUCUCUGUGAGCUCAGCAGAGUCCAGCAUCCCUUCCAGGGGCAGAGCUGUGCUGGGAGACAGCCCUGCUCCCCAGGGACUGCUGAAACCCUGGGGUUCCUGUUCAUCCUGGGGUUCCUGCUGCUCCCCGGGGACUGCUGAUCCUGAAAUUCCUGCUGAAACCUGGGGUUCCUGCGGAUCCUGAAAUUCCUACUGCUCCCCAGGGAUUCCUGCUGACCCUGGGGUUCCUGCUGCUCCCCAGGGACUGCUGAUCCUGAAAUUCCUGCUGAUUCUGGGGUUCCUGCUGCUCCCGUGGGAUUGCUUCUGCUCCUGGGGUUCCUGCUGAUUCCCAAGGAUUGCUGAUCCUGGGAUUCCUGCUGCUCCCCAAAGAUUCCUGCUGACCCCAAGGAGGAUUCCUGCUGAUCCCAAGGACUCCUGCUGCUCCCCAAGGAUUCCUGCUGCUCCCCAGGGAUUCCUGCUUCUCCUGAAAUUCCUGCUACUUCCCAGGGAUCCCGCUGAUCCCCAAGGAUUCCUUCUGUUCCCCAGGGAUCCCCACUGCUCCCCAAAGAUUCCUUCUGCUCCUGAAAUUCCCGUUGCUCCCCAGGGAUCCCCGCUGCCGCCAGGACUCUCUGGGGCUGCCGCUGGUGCCCGGCAGGUGAGGUGCAGGUGAGCGAUGGCUGCCGAGGACCAGCCCGGGGGCACGGCAGCCCCGUGGUGCGCGUCCCACAACGUGGCCACGGCCAGCCGGGCCAUGGGAGCCAUCCUGGCCGCGCUGGCCUCGCUCAUCCUGGCCGCCAACGUGCCGGUGGCCGUCGUCCUGCUGUGCCACAUCCACAGGAGCGGCUCCAAGGGGCUCUGCUUCGUGCUCAACCUCGCCCUGGCCGAUGCCAUGGUCGGCUUUGCGGUUAUGGGUGUGGCUGCGGAUGAGCUCUCCCAGCCCUUCUAUCCUUCCCAGAACUUCUGCGUGCUGAGAAUGGCUUUCGUGACCUCGGCCUGCGCCGCCUCCAUCCUGUCUCUGAUCCUGGUGGCGUGUGACAGGCACCUGGCCAUCAGGAAGCCUUUCCACUACCUGCAGCUGGUGACAGCGCUGCGGGUGGGGCUGUGCCUGCUGGCGCUCUGGCUGCUGGCUGCCGCCGUCGGCUUCCUCCCAGUCUUCAUCCCGCGCUUCCAGAGGGUCUCCAACCACUGGAAGUGCUCCUUCUUCAACGUCUUCCAGCCUUCCUACAUGCUCACCUUGUUCUGCCUGGGCUUCUUCCCCGCGCUCUUCCUGUUCCUCUACCUGUACUGCGACAUGCUGCAGGUGGCCUGGGGGCACGUGCGGCACAUCCAGCGGGUGAAGGUGGCGGGGCUGGCGGGGCGCUGUCCCCCCGGCCGCGCCAGCGGCGACAUGAAAGCCAUGCGCACGGUGGCCGCGCUCAUCGGCUGCUUCACCGCCUCCUGGCUGCCCUUCUUCAUCGCCAGCGUGGUGCAGAUGCUCUGCCCCGAGUGCUUCCCCUACAGGGUCAUCGAGAACUUCCUCUGGCUGCUGGGGCUGGGCAACUCGCUGCUGAACCCGCUGCUCUACUCCUACUGGCAGAGGGACGUGCAGCUCCAGCUCUCCCAGCUGGCUGCGGCUCUCAAGAGGAGGGUGCUGCUCCACCUGGGUCGUGGUCGGUGUUUCCCUGGCAGAGACACCAAGGCUCUCCCUGCUGUGUCCUGCCUGGAGCUGCAGGACUGAGUGGGUAAGGAGAGCGCUGGCACCAGUCUGGCUGGUGAUUCCCAGCCACCAUCACGGCCAGAUUCCUGCCUGCCCACUGCCCCACAGCCCCAGCACGGGAUAAAAGAUUUUUAAAAAGUCCCUCAGGUGCCACAAGUCUGGGUUAGAAAAGGGUAAAAUCCAACAGCUGGAUUCACCCUCGCCCUGGGUGCUCCCAGUCCUUCCAAACCCACCUCUCCAUCCUACACAGGGCCAGCCCUGCUUGGGGCUGUGCCCACAUGGAGCAGAGGUGAGGGGGUGGGUUUGGGCAUGGGGCACAGGGAGGGUUUGGGGGCAGCCUGGCCCUGCUGUCACUGUUUACCCAGGCUGUAAAAUGAGUCAAUGAGUAACUGGCUGAACAGGGAUAGGGAGGAUUGGCUGCCCCAGAGAUCCCUGUGAUGGAGAGCUGCUGUGCCCCACCCAGGAUUUGGGACUGGAAGGGUCCCUGCACACCCACCCUGCCCCUGGGAGCCCCCCCUUCUGCCCUGGUGCCUGCCCCUGCUGAAGGCUAUAGAGAUUGCUUCUCCUAAAAUCAUUUCAUUUCAUCCACACAGCAAGAAAACUUCCCUUAGAAGAGGUUUAUUUGCUAAAAAAAGUACUCUGCUCUGAAAUUGAGGGUGCUCUGCAUGAAGCAGCAGCUCUUCCCACCUCUGUCCUUGCCCCACUGGCAGACACAAUCUCUGGGCUCAGCUCUGGGCUCAACCUCAUCAUCUCCCUGCACCUGCACCAGGGAUUUGCUGCCUGCUCUUGGUGACAUCUGAGCUCUGCUGUGGCUUCCAUCAUCCUCAUCCUCACGGAGCCUCUGCCUCCCUCCAGCACCCUCCUGCAGCAGGUCCCAGCUGGGAGAGGGGACAGCUCCAGCACCAGAAGGGAGCCUACAAGAGAUGGAGAAUGUGGGCUUUGAACACUGGAGUGAUGGCACAAGGGGGAUGGCUCCCUGCUGGAUGGGAUACCGAGCAGGAAUUGCUCCCUGGGAGGGUGGCACAGGUGCCCAGAGCCCCUGGAUCCCCGGCAGUGCCCAAGGCCAGGCUGGGCAGGGUUUGGAGCCUGGCACAGUGGAAGGUGCCCGUGACAGAGGGUUGGAAUGGGAUGGGCUUUGAGAUCCCUCCCAGUCCAAACCAUCCCGAGGUUCUGUGACACUGAGCAGGCUGGGGACACGGGGCAGAGCUCCUCCUGCGAUGGGCACCUCAGCCUGGCGCUGACCCCUCUCCGCGGGCUGGCGGGGCUCAGGGGCCGGCCCGGCUCCGGCUCCAUCCCCGGACACACCUCCGGGUCCUGCUGGGCUGAGCCGGUCCCUGUGCGGCCAGCGCUGCCCCGCUGGGAGCAGCUGCACCGGGAG